AUGGCCAGAAGAAAAAGCAGAAGCCGUAAUGCUAAAGCUUCUGCAAGGGGUAGGAUAGGCUCUAAUUUCGGAAAAUCCAAGCGAUCUAGAAAAUUGGAUGACCGGGAUGAUGCCCUUGCUGAGCAAGAGAAGAGAAUCGAGAAGAUAAAAAAAGUUUCAGCUUCGGAGUUACAUGAGCAAGAACUAGCUCGUCAACCUCACACUAUCGUCAUCAGACGUGGAAAAGUAGGAAAGUAUGUGAGAGCUUUAGAGAGAGAUUUACGUAACGUAAUGUCCCCGAACACUGCUAUGAAGUUGAAGAUCAAUAAGGAUAACAAUAUCAAAGAUUUUAUUGUUACUGGUGCAGUUCUUGGUGUUACAAACAUGAUGGUUUUGACUAUGAGUGACAACGGUCUUCAAUUGCGUAUGAUGAGAUUUCCGCAAGGUCCUACUCUGUGCUAUAAAGUUAAACAAUAUUCUAUUGCUCGCCACAUUGUUUCUUCUCAAAAGAGACCAGUGUCUUCCGAUUCGUUUUAUAAGCGUUUACCCCUUGUUGUUAUGAACGGCUUUGCUGGUCAAGAGAAACAUUUGAAUUUAGUUCAAACUUUCAUUCAGAACAUGUUUCCCAGUUUGAAUGUCGAUACGAUUAACUUGAAAACAGUUAAGCGAUGUUUGAUGGUAAAUUAUAACAAAGAAGAUGACACAGUUGACAUACGGCAUUAUGCUAUCAGAGUAGUUGCUUCCGGUCUCACCAAGUCUACUAAAAAAAUAAUCAAAGCUGAAAAACUAGCCACCAAAGCAGUUCCCGAUCUUUCAAGAUAUAAGGACAUAUCCGAUUUUUUUUUGAAUCCGGGCCAAUUGAGUGAUAGUGAGUUUGAGGGAGAGCAACAGGAAGUGGAGCUGCCUCAGGAAAUUAGUCCUGCUACAGGAUGUGGUGUUGGUCAAGCUACUAAUGUCAGAUUAAUGGAGUUAGGCCCCAGACUGAAGCUUGAAUUAGUGAAGAUAGAAGAAGGAAUUGACGAAGGAGAAGUCUUAUACCAUAAGUAUGUCGAGAAGACUCCAGCUGAAGUUAUGGAACUAAGAAAGAAGGCUCCACUAGUCAAGAAGCUGAAGAAGCAAGCUGAGCGAGACAGUCAGCACAGAGCUAUUCGCCGAUUGACUGCUCUUAAAGAGAGUAAAGAUAGAGAGGAAGCUGAGUUCAAGAGCUAUAUGGAGAAGGCUGCCAGACAGCAAGCGGCAGCUACUGGUCAGUCGGAAGAAAUUGAAAAUCAACGCGAAAGAGAUCGCGAAAUCGCAAUGAAUCGUGAGAGAGAGGAGAAAGAACAAGAAGAGAGAGGCGAUGAACCAAGAGGCAAAAGGGUGUUUAAACGUCGUGGAUACUACGAAAGGCAAGAGCAAGCUAAAAUAGCUCGUGGUGAAGAUGAUAACGGUUACUCUAACGAUGCCCGUAGUGAUAGAGAUUCACAAAGGCCAGCAGGUCGUGGUAGAUCAGGCGGACGAGGAGGAAUGAGAGGCCAAGGUAGGCCCGGAGGACCUGGAAGGUCAAACAGUUUUGGAGGAUCUCGUGAUAGAUCAAAUGGAGACGGUCGGUUAGACUACUCAAGGAAGAAGAACAGUCGCGGCAGAAAUUAA